AUGACCAUUGGAUUUGCCAUAAUCUCCAUAUUCGUGUUGCCGGACUUCCCAGCUACGACGAAAUGGCUUACCCCGGAAGAGCGAGAAUAUGCCAUCCGACGUCUAGAAGACGAUGGCAACUCGAGCGGUGCCAGAGAUGUCUCUCAUUGGCAGAGCUUUGUAUCGGCUAUUCGUGAUUGGAGGACCUGGCUUUUCCUCCUUGCACAGACAUUUUGUACCUGUGCUGGCACCAUCACUUAUUUUGUUCCGACGUUAAUGGCUGCCUUGAACUACACUGGCCAGCACGUGCAAUAUAUGACUAUCCCAAUCUAUAUGGUUGCCUUGAUCAUCGUUCUCAUUUGUGGCUUCUCAUCUGAUUACUUCAAUGACCGACCAAAACAUAUCAUGGCCAUGGCUGUCAUGUCCACUAUAUCCUUGAUCAUUGUGGCCACAGUUGAUAAUCCCAAGGCUCGCUACACAUUCCUAGCAUUCGGCGCUGCCGGUAUAUGGUGUUGCAGUCCAUUAACCCUAAGCUACCUCUCAAAUACCAUUUCCCGACCGGCCGAGAAACGAGCUGUGGCUAUUGCAUUUGUCAAUGCCUUUGCCAAUCUCUCAUCUGUAUACGGAUCUUAUAUCUGGCCUUCGAGCACAGCACCGCAAUACGUGCCCGGAUUUACAGUGACUAUCGUGCUGAUGUUUGGCUGCAUCGUGACCGCGCUCUUGUUAAAGUAUUUUACCGAUAAGUAUCCAUAUGAGAACACUGAAGAUCGAGUAUCGGAGGCGGACAGGGAAUCUACCAACUAA